GUCGGAAGGAAUUUCCGGAGUUUCGGAGGAAUGUCCUCAUGGAAGUUGUGAGUGCACCAUGACGGGUCGACCGCACCUCGUCAUUCUUCAAUCCCUCUUCUACCUCGCAUACAUCAUGGCCGCUUCCGUCUGCCGCCGUGCCCCCGCGAUCUUUGUCAAUCAUGGUGCAGGCCCACUGCCUAUCCUCCGACCGGUGACGGACCCCGACCACGGGACCGCGCGGACCUUCUUGGAGCAAACCGCGCCCCAGUGGCUUGGUCUCCACGGCCACGACACCAAGCCCAGCGCGAUCGUCCUGGUGACGGCCCACUGGGAAUCGUCGACCGUGGCCAUAUCGUCGGGGGCGUCGCACAAGCUUCUAUUCGAUUACAGCGGCUUCCCUGCGGAGGCGUACGCACUCACGUACAACGCCCCUGGGUCGCCCGCUAUUGCCCGCCAGAUCCAUGACCUCUUGAAUGCCCAGAACAUUCCGUCCAAACUCGACGCGGCGCGCGAGUGGGAUCAUGGCGUGUUCGUCCCGAUGAAGCUCAUCCACCCCGCCGCAGACAUCCCGAUCGUCCAGGUGAGCGUCGUGCGCGGAUCCGACCCGGACCUCCACUUUCGCAUCGGUGAGGCGCUGGCCCCGUUGCGCGACCAGAACAUCGCCAUUGUCGGCAGCGGCAUGUCGUACCACUCAUUCCACGGCCAAGGCAACAUCUUCCAAAAGUCCAAGGUGUUCAGCGACGCGCUCGUCGAGGCGUGUGGCAUCCCGGACGUGGCGGGCCGCGGGGCUGCGCUCAAGGCAUGGGAAUCGAUGCCAAAUGCGCGCGACUGCCAUCCUCGUGAAGAGCACUUGAUGCCGCUUCACGUGGUUGCGGGUGCAGGGGGCGCUGGUGCAUUGACGUCCACGGACUUUGUGAGCUCCAUGUUUGCUCCGAUCCACCUCGUCGCAAUGGGGUGGGAUGUUGUGAAGAAGUAAGCUCCUUAACGAUGCAUCGUACUAUGGUCAUGUUGGGUUCUUGUCGUGCCGAGGCUCAACGACGUGGAUGCAAGGUCGUGGGUUGCCUCGCCACGAUGUUGCGCACGAUAUGACAUCAUCCUGCUGAAGGGUUGCUCUU